AUGCCACCUCCCGUGAAACUAGCUAUAAUCGGUGGAGGACCAUCUGCAUUCUAUGUGGCCUCCCGCCUGCUCUCUCUUCUUCCAUUGAAGGAUCCAAUGUCUCCACUACUAAGGGUGCACAUGUACGACCGACUCUGGGCACCUCAUGGUCUCGUCCGCUAUGGCGUUGCACCAGACCAUCCAGAGGUCAAGAAUUGCACGAACAAAUUCGACGCGACUGCAACUGACCCACGUUUCCGUUUCUUCGGAAACGUGAAUGUCGGAAGCAAGGUUCUUCAUUCUAUUCCCCACGCGCUUCAUUUACCCCUGACCUCCAUACUCAACAAUUACUCUCACUUAUUGUUCGCAACGGGAUGUACUAUUCCUACCCUGCACCCCGCAAUCCCUCCGUCUAUCUACUGCAUGCCUGCUUUGUCCCUGGUUCAUUGGUACACACAACACCCAUCUCGGCCGCCACCCCCCGCGCUUGACAAGAUAUCACACCUCACAUUAAUUGGACAAGGAAAUGUGUCACUGGACAUUGCACGUAUUCUUCUGACUUCCCCCUCUGUACUUCGUCAAUAUGAUGUACCAGAGCAUGUUGUCGAAGUUCUAUCCCGUUCUACCGUCAAGCACGUCUCCAUAGUUGGAAGGCGGGGGCCUCUGGAGGUUGCUUUCACUACCAAAGAGCUUCGGGAGAUGAUCAACCUCCCGGAGGCGUCGAUGGUUCCUAUCGAACCCACUUUGCUCGAACCCCCGCCAGGCGUCACGCCAACACGCCAGCAGCGGCGUACGCUCGAGCUACUCCGGAAUGGGUCCAAGAAUCCACCAGGAUCGACGCCCAAAUCCUGGUCGCUCCAUUUUUACCGCUCUCCCACCAGUCUUACUCCUCCAUCUACUGCCUCAGCAUUAGACAUGGCGAAUCUUACCCUUGCUCACACCCGUCUCGAUCCUGCCACUUCUCGUGCAGUGCCCACUGGCGAGACAUCGACUCUUCCUACUUCUCUCGUCGUCACCUCCCUUGGAUUUCAUGCAGAUCCAGAGACGACUUUCUAUGAUCCUGCUAUGCGUCACCUUCGUUCGUCCGCAGGACGUAUUACUUCUUCCGAGGGUUCAGUCUUGAAAAAUAUGUAUGCUUCUGGAUGGGCAGCCAAUGGUGCUAAGGGUGUGCUUGCGUCAACUAUGAUCGAUGCAUAUGCGGUCGCAGGCACCAUUCUCUCUGACAUAGUACCGUUCUCAGAAGCGGCAACAACUACCGCACCACCCCCGCCGGUAAUGGAAAUGGCACCCGAUGAGAUGCUCAAUCCUCAUCCAGAUCUUGAUGCGUUACCAUCAGAAAUCGAUCGUGGAAUUACAGACGGCAUUGUCACCCAAUAUGAUGACUGGAAAGUCAUUAACGCUGAGGAAGUUCGCAGGGGCGAAGCCCUGGGAAAGGAGCGGGAGAGAAUGGGCUGGGACGAGGCUCAGUCAUUGGUCGCUCUUUCGCGCGCGCGGUCGUGA